AUGGCACCCGUCCAACAACGAAAGCUCUUCUGUUGGAGCCUGCUUCUGUCAUGCCUAACUCAGAAAUCGAUCGGAUUUACGUUGGAUUGGAGGAGGCAAGGAUGUUCAUCCGGUGCCUUCAACUUGCUUCCGAAGAAAACGCAACGAUCGAGUAAUGGACACCCCACUACUAGGCUAAGAGCACCGGGCAAACUCUACUAUACGAACUAUGAGGAUCAGGAAUACGACAAUAACGAUAUUGGGGAAGAUCGCGUCGAGACGGAUUGGUGGCAAGCCGAAUUGACGCUGUUGAAUGCUCCCACAGAGCCCAGUCCCGACCUGAGCGCGGAAGCUGUCGCCGUGACCUGCAUUCGAAGUCUUCAAUGGGUCGACUAUCCUACUCCACUGCAAGGAUUGAGACGAUGCUUUCCCUUUUUGACUUAUGGAUGUCGAGAAGUGGCCACGGCCAGACGGGGAGGUAAAACGUUGGAGUCCUUUGUGGAAUUCGGUCUGUACUCUCCUGCCUUGCAACCCUUUAUAGGAGCCGCGCAAGUCUGCAUUGGCGACUGUACGUAUACUCCUGCCAAGGCUCCGCUUCGUGGUGCAUUGGCGUCCUUCCCAGUACAGAUUCAUGGAGCACCCGUGCUGGCUGUGCAGCACUUGUCGGGUAUGGAACGAAGUGGUAUUGCACCGGAACCUCCGGUCACUCACAUGGUGAUUCGCUUGGAGCAACAACGACGUCCUCCCAAUCAGCACUGCUGGUUGGUUACAGAAAUCAUGGAUGUUCGUCAUGCUUUUGCGGGAGAUAUGGGAAAUGCUCAUGUUGGUGGUUGA